GAGGAGGUGGGGUGUCAAAGUUAGCUGGUCCUCAGUCUCCACAUCACUCCAGGCGAUCCCGGGGCGGAGCUGCAUGCAGAGCUCGUAAUUUGGACACUCGCUUGCAGUAACCCAGUCGUGCCAUCUUGGAGGGUUAUUUUUUAGAAACCGAAGUUCACCUUUUGUGAUCGUUCGCCAUGGGAGCAGAGAGCUCAGCGCAGCGGGACGGGAAGAGCCAGGAGGAUGCCUCCGCUUCAACUUCAGCCUCCGCCGGGGAGCCGAGUGCGGAGGUGCACGCGCUCCAGGAGGGGAGCAGCGUCCUUGACAGCAAGCCUUUGGAGAAAAAUGGCCAAAUCUCCAGCAUGACCAGUCUGAAUGGACACUCAGAGGACAACACGCUGGCAGAAGUUGGCCAGCCAGAUGGUGUGGCUCAGAAGGAGGAGGCUUCUGACACUGUGGACACCAUCCAGGGUGACGUGGCUCCUCAAUUGAACGGCGAGAAAGUGGAGAAAGAGUCUCCUGAUGCCAAUGACAUCUCUGCUAUUGAGGAGAAAGCAGCGGAGGAGAAACCCGAUGAUGCCAGUGAGGUGGGCUUCAAGAAGAUCUUCCGUUUUGUGGGCUUUAAGUUCACACUGAAGAAAGACAAAAGUGAGGAGAAAGAUCCUGUGAAGCUCUUGACGAUCAAAGAUAAAGGAGAGGAGGAGGAGGAGGUUACUAGGACUGAUGAACCUAUGAAGGAGGAAGAGGCUGCUACUCUUGAGGAGAAAAGCACAGCUGAAGAAAAGGAGGCUGAUACAGUGGAAUCUACUGCUGAGACAGAAGUCAGUCAAGACAAAGACAAAGCUGAAACCACUGAUGACCCGGCUGAAGUCCCUGCUGCCGAAGCUAUUGAUGAAGCAGUCAAGGAUGAAGGAGCGGAGAAGGAAGGAGAGACCACCCUGUCCCCCUUCAGGAAGCUCUUUAGUGGAGGACUCUUCUCUAACCUGAGAAAGAAAGCCAGCAUCAAAAAGACAAAAGAGGAGGAAGACAAGGAGGCCGCUGUUGAGAAGGAGACAGCUAAGACAGAAGAAACUGCUGCUGUUGUGGAAGAAAAGGUGGAGAAGGAUGAAGUGGAGCAAGAAGCUAAGGAGGAAGCACCAGCAACUCCAGAGGAAUUGAAGCCAGAGACUAUCCCAGAGCCAGAGGUCACUGUUGAAACCCCUGCCGCAGGAACUACUGAAGAGACUAAACAAGAAGGGGAAAAGGCUGAACCUAGUGCAGAAGAGAAGGCUCCAACAGAGGUGACUUCUGAGGCUGAGCUACUGUCAUCACAAGAGAAAGCUAAGCCCCAGGGUAGCCCCCUGAAGAAGCUUUUCGGUGGAGCUGGCUUGAAGAAGCUCUCAACUAAGAAGCAAAAGACCAAGAAAGACACUGAGACAAAGCUUACUGAGUCUGGGGAGCAGGCGUCUGAGCAGCUUCAAUCCUCCACGGAGUCAGCAGAGGCUCCAAAAACUGACAGUGGGCCCUCAUCUCCCGAGGAGUCAGGAGAGCAUGUUAUUGCUGUGGAGGUGACCCAGAAUGAGUCUAGCCAAGAGACUGAUGGGGAAGUUGCCUCUGAUGGAGAAAAGAAAAAAGAGGGUAUCAUUGCCUGGUCCUCCUUCAAGAAACUAGUAACACCCAAGAAGCGUGUAAAAAGGUCUUCCGAAAGCGAAGAUGAAGCCACAGGUGAGAAACCAGCAAAGUCAGCCACCCUGUCCUCUUCUGAGAGUGCCCCGUUAGCAGAUAAGAGUGUUGAGGAGGAGGAUAAGGAGGAUAAACCAACUGAGGAAGAGCCAAAGACGGAAAACACUGAGAAAUUGGUCAGCAGCACUGAGGAGCCCAAAAAGAAAAUGGACACUUCUGUCUCCUGGGAGGCUCUCAUGUGUAUGGGUGGACCCAAAAAGCGGACUAGGAGGACCUCUGAUUCUGACGAUGAGGAAACCAAGGUUGAAGAGGAGUCAACAGCAGCAGUAGAGGGGGAGCAGGAGGGUAAAACUGAGGCUGCCAUUGUCACCUCCCAAACAACAGAGAGUGAUGGAGAAUUUGUUUCCUCCAGUGAACCUUUAGGCACCCCCCCUGAUAAAGAGUCCACCUGGGACACACUGAAACGCAUGGUUAUGCCAAAGAAUAAAGCCAAAAAUGAGGAAAAGCCAGAGGAGACUCCAGAACAAUGCCAGUCAGACAGUGAAGCACCAAAAGAUGAGUCUUCAUUCUCUUUGAGGAAGCUCUUCCCUGUACGCAGAAAGAAGAAGACUGAAAAACAAGCCUCCACUGAACCAGGCUCAGGUGAAGAGGAUUCUGACACUCCAGCUGUAGUUCCUCUCUCAGAGUAUGAUGACCAAGUUACAGCUGAACAGGAUGCACCAGCAGAACCGGCUGAAGUCCAAAUAAAAGAAUCCACUGAAGAUAGAUCCCCUUCCUGGAUCCCAGCCACUGUCGAAGAUGGUGAUGAUCAACACGAUCAGCUGAGUGACAUUCCAGAGGAGGCUGAGAAUGCUGCCACGCCAAAGUCUGUUGACACUGACAUCGCAGAGGAUGAAACGGAAGACAAGGAUAACAUGUACCCUAAAGCUACCAAAAGUACAGGGCGCAGACUGUCCACGGCUGAAGUAAAGCCUGUCGCUCCAGCUCCAUCUGCAAAUACCACUCUAGUCCAGGGAACCAAGCCAGAGAGCGCAGAGGAGGUUAUUGAGGGCGUAAAGGCCCAGAUUAGUGAAAUUCCACCCCAGACUAAUGUAACUGUUGAAGAUUUACCAGUUGAGGUAGUUUCUGAGAAAAUUGAGUGUGAACCACCAACUGAGAAUGCAGAGUCAAAGACAAUAACUCUCUUGAAGCCACACGCUCGUGACGAGGCCAUGGCUAUCUGCACUGGCCUAGACACCAAGGAGAUUGCUGAAGUAGCUCUGGAGAAACCUGUAAUGCCCGUCGUAGCAUGUGUGGCUGUGAUCCAUGAUGCUGUAAGCACAGAGGUAUCAGUGGAAGAGAAUACAGUAAGUACAAAGGCCAUUGCUACAGAAGAUGCCGUGCUCAAUGCCCAAGUGCACCAAGUAGAAACCACCAAGUUUGAGUCUAUUGUUGAAAGUUCACAGGGUGGAUUGGACAUUCAAGCAGCCAAGGAGAACCAUGAACCCGAAAUUGUGAAGGCUGGAAUUUUCAACACUGUUCAGGAGGAGGCAGAAAUCAUUCAGCCUACCACCAUGAGCCAGAACUGUAUUAAUGCUGUUAUAGUCGAUCCCAUUACACCAACAUCUGAACCAGAUGUUUGCACCCAGAGUGUAGAAGUCACCGAGCCAACAAUAGAAACCAAGGAAGUGCAAAUGAAUGUGGAGCAGCUUGCUGCCGCUGAAAAAAAUACUGUAAAAGAGGUAGCUCAGUAUGUGACCAAAGAGGUAGCCUCCACCAUAUGUGAAACCACAAAGACCACCAACACAGAGGAGACUGAGCCAGCCAUCCUUGUUGUACCAAGUCAGGAGGUUUCUGUUAUCACUCAGACAGUUGUCCUUGUGGCCCCAGUCAGUGCGGCGACAACCCCCAUGGCGACCAUGGAAAAUGCACCGCUGUCAGAGUCAGUUGGCAAUGAACCAAUCCAGGUGGAGGAGGAGACAGUUGAAGAGACCGUGGAGACCGCUCAAACAGCAGAGUCCGAGAUCAGCUCAGGCACUGAGCAGUCCAGUGAGAAGAUGGAGGAUGUCCAACAGACCAGUGAAAUUGAGGCUCAGAGCAUAGUCAUUGCCCAGGCUGUCAUUCAGGAUGCCAUGGAUAAAGUUUCAGAAGACACUCCUGAAUCCAAAAAGUCCACCACACCAACACCAGUCCAGGCUGUGGCAACAACAGAGAAAGAGAUUGAAAUCACUACAGAAGGCCCCGUUAUCACUGAAACCCCUGUUGCUGUCUGUGAAAAAGCCGCACCAAAGUCACCUCAGCUUCUCUGUGUUGCCAUGGAGGUCAUUGACACAAUCCCAGUUGAGGUCACAGAGAGCAUUGAUGUCUCUGUAGAGGAGCAGAAACCAGAAGAAAAGUUGAAGAAAGCUGUGGAGGUAAACGUAAGUGAAGAAACUGUCGUAGUGGAAGAAGUGGUCGAGAUAAAGACAGAGAGUCAGAUAGGUGAGGAGCUUGAACAGGUCAAGGAGGAACAGAGCAAAGACGACGCAGAGGUUCAGAAACCAGAUGUAAAAGAAGCAGCCGAGGAAGUGGAACCACAAUCUGAGGAAGCAAAGGCAGAGACCCCUGCAGAAGAGACGAAAGAGAGAGUGCUUGAUAUCCACAUGCCAGUCCAAAUGGUCCUGCAGACGGCGCAGGUAUUUGAGGAACCGUCAGUGGAAGAAGAGGCCGUGGAAGAGUUUGACAGCAACGGCCCUGUGGCAGAAGACAUCGAGUUAAAAGCUGAGAUCGCUGCAUCUGAAAGCAAACUCUCAACACUGUCAGAAGAACCCCGAGAGAUGGCUUCAGCAGAGGCUUCUUCUCCCAGCCAAGUCACAGAGGCAGAUAAACCAGAAACACCGUCGGGAAAGUGCGCAGAAGUGAUGGCGCAGGUGAUCGAAGUGAUCGAGGAGGCUGUGAAGGAGAUUGAGCCUGUGUCUACAGAGAUCACAGCGGCAUCAUGAGCAGCUGAAGAUACAAGACUGAUGCGUGGGAGACGCGCUGGUUGGACCAGGAAGUGACGAGAGAGAGAGAGAGAGAGAGAGAGAGACUGGAUGACCUCCACCUUCUCUUCCACCUGUACUCUAACCCCAUCCUGCAGCCCUGUCACCCCAAUGUGACGUCCCACCGCCAUAUCCUCACCCGUUCACUCACUCACACACACACACACACACACACACACUAAAGCAUGUCCUGUGCCUCAGAAGCAUCCCAUCUGGCUUAUAAUCAGUGUGAUGAGAGUCUGCAACCUGGUUGAUUUUGUAUCAGUUCAUAUGUGUGUGCGUGUGUGUUUGUAUGUUUACAGUAGGGAGAGUAAGAUGAUGUCAGAAGGUGAAGAGAUGGAGAAUUAUUAUCUUGUAUAUUGUAUUUAUAUCUUGAGUAAUCUUUCCCCCCCCCCCAAGUCUUUAUUUUUUCAUUCUUUAUUUGGACAGUUUUGCCUUGUUGUUUUUAAAAUACCAUUAAGCUGUUAUACAUCAGGUAUUCUUUUGAGCAACAUUGUGACGGUAAAUUUAACGGUUGAUGCAGAUAAACAUGUAAAAAGUUUCUAGUAAAAUCCACCAAAACAAAUGUGAGACUGUUACUGCUUAUCACAGCAUUUAAUAGUCAUAUUCAAUGAUUAUUUCAACACUCUGUAGCAAGUAUAACUAAACCAUGGUACAAGUGUGAAUCCACUGACAGUAAGUGAUAACACUGACUGAAGAAAAACAACAAGAGGGCAGAGAGAGGAUGAUAAUAUCUAUCAGAAAUGCUUUUGACACAUUCUCUUGUCACAAUGUGUUCUCACUGCACCCCAACAAAAAUACUUAAUAAGCUCCAUGUAGAUAAGACAAACAAUCGCCUGAUUUACUGUGAAAAAGUCAUUGUUACACAUUGUUUCAUGUAAAAAAAAUAAAAAAUAAAGUACUAUUGUAACACCAUCAUGUGGUAGAGGUAUUUUGGUAACAGUGUCGUGCAAAGGAUGUAAGCAAACUUUUGGCACUGGAAGAGUUGGAGUGGGUAGACUCCUACAUGUAAGAAACACUUACAAAUCAUAAUGUGUCACAGUGUACAAUAGCAAUGCUUCUCAGUUAUUAUGUGACAUACUGUUUUUAUUAUUUGUGUUUCAAUUUUAAGUUGAACACCUUCCUUACUACAAUAUAUUUAUAUUGCUUGAUAAAUAGUAUGAAAUGCCUAUUUUGCUGCCCUCUGUGGCUUACAAAAGUAGUGUACAUUUACCCUUUGCUCUUCACUCAGCAUGAUGGCUCAAGUUCAUUAAAGUGGCACUGGUUGAGGAUUUAGGUGAAAGGCACAAACACCGACAUUGUACCAGAAUUAACUUAAAUCUCAUCUUACUCUUAAUUUAGAAACCAAAUCGAGUUUGGAUCAAUCACGGAGUUUGGAUUAGUCACGGCCUUUCCAUUGCUCACAAGAUAAGACAUCCGUUGUAUCCAAUUAAAUCAGAAAAGCAUCUACUCAGCUGCUUUGAGUUAAGCAGCAAACUUAAAUCACAAGGUCAAGGCUUAUUUUGUAAGUUCAAUGACAAAGUAGGAGAUGUUUUAUGGUGGAGGAAUAUCUGAAACAUUCCUGGGGUCCAAUUUUAGCACCAAAGGAAAAUGUGGGUUACACUGGUAUUUGUUCAUGUCCUACCAAAUUUGGCAAAGUUGCACUGUCAAUUAUUCAGACAUCUUGAGAAUGAACUGUGAGUGCUUCUAUGAUCCAUUGAUUUUAAUAUGACUCAAACAGCUUUAGAGGCUCCCAUUUCACUCAGCGUUAUGACCAAACGAGAGCGAGAUCAGGAAGUACAGACCUUUUACAGACUUUGAGGUCACCACUUCCCUUACUUUGAUUCAAGAGGGUGUGUCACAUCUAUACUUGCUUUAUGUAAAAAUAAAUGAUAAAAUAAGACAGGGUGAGCUUAAGACUUUAGGAUUGUUGCAUAUUGUAAAGCAUUUAGUUGGGGCACCCGCCCACUUCAGUCCUUUCUGCUUUUGUAACACACUUACUGUGAACCUGUUAACAUUUGUACAGAUUGUAUACCUACUGUAUGUACUUAAAAAUCAUAUUGUUGUAAUACUAACUAAUAACCUGCAGCCAUUUAGCAUAUUCAUGUAGCAUGGCCUUAAUGGUCUUUUAUAUUUUCCAAGCUGUCAAUAGUAAGGAUAUAGAGAAACUUGUCUAUAUUUCAGUCAAUAAAGGUAGAUAAAAUUGAUGUGUGCUUUG